AUGACUUCGAUCAAGUCUCGAUAUAUUCUCGCCGGCCUGGUUUUUGCCAUCUUCUCGCUGGCCGCUGCAGCCAGUUUGAGCUAUCGUGAUGUCGUAGUGCAGGAAUGGAAUGCUUUCAAGGCACUCUACAAGAAGAAUUACUACAAUGAAAGCGUGGACAAGUUUCGCCUGUCGGUUUUCACUGAAAACAAGCACAAAAUUGCCAAGCACAAUCGGUUGGCGGCGGCCGGACGCAAGUCGUACAUCCUCAAAAUGAACCGCUUUGGCGACCUAUUGCAUCAUGAGUUUGCCCGUGUCAUGAAUGGCUACAAAUUCCACCUGAAGGCAAACUCGACCAAUGGAAGUCUCUUCCUAUUGCCUGAAAACGCCAAAAUUCCCGAAUCUGUUGAUUGGCGUCAAAAUAAACUAAAGAUGGUGACUAAAGUAAAGGACCAAGGCGAUUGUGGAUCCUGCUACGCUUUCAGUGCUACUGGCGCCCUAGAAGGUCAACACUCGCGCAAAACAGGCAAGCUGGUGUCGCUCAGUGAGCAAAACCUGGUUGACUGCUCAAAUAAGAAAUACGGCAACGAUGGUUGUAAUGGCGGACUGAUGGACAAUGCCUUCCAGUACAUCAAGAUCAAUUGUGGAAUCGACACCGAGGCCAAGUAUCCAUAUGAGAGCAAGGAAGGUAAGUGUCGCUACAAAAAGAAAAAUGUUGGCGCCAUCGACACUGGCUACGUCGACAUUCCUCAAGGCGAUGAGCAAAAGUUGAAAGAAGCUGUAGCCACUGUGGGCCCGAUAUCUGUGGCCAUUGAUGCCAGUCAGGAUUCGUUCAUGUUUUACAGCUCUGGCGUGUACGACGAACCCAGCUGCAGCAGCACCAAUCUGGACCAUGCAGUUUUGGUCGUGGGCUAUGGUACUACCCAGAACGGAACAGACUACUGGAUUGUCAAGAACAGCUGGUCGACCAAUUGGGGAGAAGGUGGCUACGUGCGCAUGGUCCGAAACAAGUUCAACGCCUGUGGCAUCGCCUCUUCGGCCAGUUAUCCUCUCGUUUAA